AUGAACUCCCAGCCGAAGGAUGCCAAGCAGGCUCUGGCCGAGGACAAGUACGACGACUGUUUGUCCUGCAGAGUGACGGGAUCGGCCGCGUUUGUUGGUCUCGGAGUUUACAGCUACUAUACUGGGAUGGCCAAUCUCCGAAAACAAGAGAAAGCCAUCAUGCAAGGCCCUACAAAAUACAAAAUGGGUUCGCGCAAGUUGGGCAUUGCCUCAAUAUCCGCAACAUUAGUGGGUAUGGGGCUGUGGCGGGCUUUUAAUUGA